AGGCAAAAUUUGGAUAAGGAUGGCUUAUUUCUUUUCUCCUUUUUUCCUCUUUCUUCUCAGCCCGAUUCUGCUCUCCUUCUUCUUUCUUUCCGCUGCAGCCACCCGAAAGAAACAAAAAGGGAACCCGACAGCCUUCUUUGAGAAACCGGUGAGGAAGCUUGGUUUUGGCCUUCUUUUCUUGUUCAAGAACAAGAUUGGAACCCAGAAAUUCUCCCCCCCUGCUGGAAAAUCCGGAUCUGCUUUGCUCUGUCCGCCGGCUGCUCUUGUUGUGGGGGCGAAAUUCUUCAAAUUCCGUUUCCGUGAGCUUCCCCCUGCACUGCCGCCGGCUUCCUCUCCCUGCAGCUCCGGUUCCUUGCUUGCAAAUUCUGAGAAAAUCCCGUGAAUUAGCUAGUGGUUUGGGCAAUUUUUGGAAGUUGGAGUUACUGUUCACGCGUACCAGUUACUGUUCACCGAACUGUUUAUGACACUGUUCACACAACGAGGUUAACAAUUAACGAGGAUUUAAAUGUUUAGUUUGUAAUAUAAGAACAAAUGUGGAGAUUGAUAGAAAUAGCAUUGUGAUUAUGAAUGAUCCUAAUGAAGUUUCACUUUGAAUUUGUGGUAGUGCGGAAUUAAUUUUAGGGUAUUUUGAUUAGGUUCCUAAUUAUUUUGUCAGUUUAGAACUGAGAUCGAAUCUUCGGUUUACUCAGUUUAUGCGAGUGAAUUUCUAUAUUACGUGAAGUGAGGUAAGUAAAUUUAUGGUAAUGCCUGUACAGUUUUUAAAAGCAUAUUUUGACUUGUUUUUGAAGUGGUGGCGGGACUAAACUCGUUUUAUGCAAAAGUAAGUAUGAAUGAUUUGAAGUGAAAUUUUUAUGCUUUUCAUUACAUUGAGCAUGCCUACUUGAAAUUUAAUUGAUUGUCCUGAUGAUUUGAAAGUGAUUGGUGAAUUAUGAUUUUUCUGUUAACUUCUGUCUGUUUUGUCUCCGAUGUGGUUAUGUUAUUAAUGAUCCUGGUAGUGGGGGUUAAACGCUAGCACAUGUCGACAUAUUAGUGAUAGAACCGGUUCGUUCAACCCUGCUAGUGGGGGUUAUACACCAACAAAUUUCUGGUGCCUGCCAGUGGGUUGUUAUAACACUAGCCAUGACCUAUAGAGGAGACGUCUAUUUCGUUCCCGUAUUGUAUCCGUUUUUCAUGAUUGCACUUGUUGGCAUGCUAUAAGUUUAAUAAGGGCACUCCAUAUUUACUUAUUGAGUUUAUCUCAUAGUUUUUCCUUAUCCACCAUUUCAGGAAGCGAAACCAAGGACGGGGAAACCACGGGAAGUGACGAGUUAGAAGGUUAGCCAUUUCGAGAUUGAUAUAGAUCAUGAUCUUGUAAACUAAACGUUAUUUGGAGAU